CGUAUUGUGUGAAUCUGGCACACAGAGAGAGAGAGAGAGGCAGUGAGGGAGGAAAAUCACAUUGAAAAAGACCUAAAGAUCAAAGAAAUCCACAUAAAAAAUAGAGGGGAAGAAUUCUCAACUGCCAAGAAAAGGGGAAGAACAAGAACUGAUUUUUAAAAAAGUGUUUUCAUGAUCUCUAAAAUCUCUCUGCAUUGGACUUGGAAUACGCUUCUCUGCAGUGACAACCACCAGAUACCAACCAACUAAAGAAGACUUCGCUUUAACAUAAACUUUGGAACAGCAAAGAGGAGCUGGAGCCCUGAACAUACGAUAACAGAACACGAAAGAGAAACGAACGAACAUGGCAUUGGAAUAAAGAGAAACUCAGAGUGAGCACAGGUGCAGAAGAGAAGAUAAGAGAGAGAGAGAGAGAGAGAGAGAGAGAGAGAGAGAGAGAAUCGAGUGAAGAGAAAAAAAGAAGAGAGAAGGAAAGCAUCAGAGGGUAUAUUAUUUCUGCUUCAUCACCCCCCGAUGAGAGGACAACACCUGCCAGGUGUGCAGUGAUGGGUGAGCUCAGCUGCCCUAGUGCAUCGUGGGGGAGAGAGGGUGUGAAGGCUCUCGUGCUCUAUUCGCUCCUAGUAGUCGUACACACAUCCCAUGCCCAGCCUCCCCUCCCUCUCUCCCUCCUGGCCAAAAUCAUUGUCCCCCCUCCCUGGCACGCUCUGCCCCUGUCGCAGGCUGAUCUUGGCCCACUGUUCUCCAACUCCAGCCCCUUCGCCUUCACCCAGUCCCUGCUCAUGGUGCCUCCGGCUGGGACAGCCUCCAAAGCGGGGGUUCGAGCUUCAUUCGGGCCUUACUCUGUCAGCCAGCUGGUCUCUGGGCCCAUCCUCCCCCUCUCCCCUCCUCUGACUGCGUCUCUCCUCUCUAAACACGUGGCGAGAGAGGGGGAUGAAGGCGGAAAGGAGAGGUAUAGGGUGCGGGUGUUGUUCCACCUACGAGGGGACACCAGCAGGGGGAGCUGUAUCACCCUCCACGCCUUCAAAGAGACAGAGGAGCAGAAGGCCUCGUGUGUCACACAGCCUCCACUGGGUCUGUGUGUGGUGACCCUGGCCCUACCUAAGGACUGGUUUGAGGCGGGCCAGACCAGCCAGCCCUACCUCAGCCCCAAACAGCGUGCCAGGCACACACACCGACACCGCACCCGUAAUCGGGGACGACGGCACGAGGGUGUUGUCGUCGGUGGAGCCGGUGGCAUCCCCUUCCCAGGAGCUCUCCGAUAUAGCCCUGCCCACGCCGGCGACCGCAUCCAGCUGUACUACUCAUUGUUCGGCACGGCGUCCAACCUCAAACUAGCGCCCCCUAGGUGUGUGCAAGACAAAUUACCACAGUCUCAGAGAGAGUUGUUUUAUAUAGCAGCUGUAACUUUGAGGGAGGACAAUAAGCGGAACGAGGCCAACAGAACCAAAGAGGAAAUAGGCUGUUGCAAUGGACAGGAAGAGGAGGAGCUACGGUUGGAUUCCAACGUGCUGAUUCGCUAUCGCAGGGGACCAGUCCGAGCGGGACAGCCAAUUGGGGUUUCUGUGAACCUGAGGGCCAAUUUCAGUGCAGAGUUUGUUGUUAUCCGGCUGAAGGUGAAGAAAGGCCUUUUGUCUCUGGUGGCCCAGCGCUCUCUGAACUCUGACCUCUGGGUUGUGAACCUGGAGAGAACCCAGGGCUCCAAACAUGAUGUCAUCUCCAUCAUCUGCCACAAACUGGCCAGACACAUGGACAGCGACGGUCCCGCUGCUCUGCAGCAGGUUGCCUGUCUGUCAGUGGACGGCUUGCGCAGGAGUUUCGGGGUUGCCAUGACGGUAUCGGCCAGCUGGCGGGUAGAGUACUCAGGCCGUAAAAACCCUCCGCCACCACACGGCGGAGUCGUGAGCAGCUUCUCCUUCACUGACAGAGAGAUCGUGGGCAUCUCUCCCAUAACUGAAAGUGGCAUGAUCGUCAACACGGCCAUCUUGACCAGCGAGCCCGUGUCACUUCCUGUCAUUGUGCUGGCAGUGGGGCAUGACGGGAGGGUGUCGGAUAUCACCGCGGCGGUGAAGUGCCAGUCGUCCAACGAUGAUAUCGUCAAGGUGUCAAGCGAUUGCUCCACCCUCUUCGUGGACGGAAGUGAAUCAGGGGUGGGCAGCACCUGUGUAGGGGUGGAGUUUCUCCUGGGCACGCUCAGUGGGUCCCUGUGUCUGUCCGUGUGGGCUCCUGUCGUCCCGCUGCGCGUCUCCCUGUCCGACAACGAGCUGAGCGCCAUCAAGGGCUGGAACCACGACGCGGAGAACGGCUGUUCUCCGGUGUAUCAGAGGUCCACGGUUCAGGUUCUGACCCAGUUCAGUGCUCAGGGGGGCCAGGGUCAGCUGACCUACCUGCUGGGCUCCUCUGAUUGGUUUGUGGAUGCCACGGAGAUGGUCCGUAAUUGGCUGAGGGUAGAGAAUCCUCUCGUGGCGGUCCUCGACAAGCAGAGCAAUCUGGUUGGUCUACACCCGGGGAAAACUUCAGUUCAUGUCAUAUCAAGCCAAUGGGACGGUGUUCUGGGUAGCUGUGAUGUCAUCGUGACCUCUGAACCCGUGACCCCAGGUGACCUCUCAGUGCAGGUUGUGGGAGGACUCAGUAUGUCAAUCAAUGCAAGCCCUGCCCAUCCGGCUGUUGUCACGGCAACAGUGACAGCAUACAACAUCCUCUACCACCAUGGGCAGGAAGCGUCAAUCAGUGUCUGGCUCCAGUUCAGUGAUGAUAGCGCCACGUUGCUCUCCACCUUCAGCCGUGGUACCUUCGCCCUUCGCCUCUCCUCAUUGGCAGAGACCGUGGUUGCCGUGAUGCCCGGCCCGUUGCUGCGCGUCGUCGCCCAGGGCGAAGGGGGCGGGCCUUUACUGAAAGCAGAACUCCUGGUCACCCCCUGCAAGCCAAUGGCGAACUCCGUUGACGGGGACCUGGCCAAUUCGAAAGAAGGAAGCGGGCCCAGGAGGCUGGCUAAAGGAUCAGGUUGGAUCAGGGUGAACCUGGACACAGACCUUCGUCCAAUGGGAAGCGAGGAGGCGGACUUUGAGCUGCUCGACAUGUUGGACAUGCUGGUUGAGUCAUCGGACAGGGACGUUAAGUACAGCAACUUCCUGGACAAUGACAUCAUCAUAGGGAACGUCACCACCGUCAAAGGUGACGACUACUAUGACAAGGCCAGCGAUGGGAUGAUCGCCAGGAACGACCUGGAGAGAGCGGUGUUGACCCCAAAUCACGAAGAGAGCGCUGUGUACUUCUCUCCCGGGGUGGAGAGAGAGAGGGAGGGGAAACUGGAGGAUACAGAGCUGGGGGUGGGUGUCGGGGCAGUUCUCUCCCUUCUCUGCCUCUCUGUACUUCUCUUCCUGGUGAAUUGUCUGCCCUGCGCUUUGAGGGAGCGGAGGAUGAGGAGGAAGGGCGUGAACACGGAGGGGGUGGAGGAAGAGGGGGAGGAAGAGGGGGAGGAAGGAAAAGAGGAGGCGGCAAAGGGUGUUGCAGAAAAGAACGACAUAAUGACAUCGUGCCCCGGGGUAAUAUCGCUCCAUGAGACUUUUCCGGAAGAGGGGCAGUCAGAUCAAAGCAUUGACCAUUAA